AGUGUGGUAAUCCCUGUUCGUAAUCCCGACUCGGUCCAGCGCGGGUGGCAGCUUCAAUCCGGAGUCUGCGGACCUUAUUACGCAGCAGUGUUGCCACUAGUCGUUUCUUAAAAAAAAAGUGAUUUUCAUUUUUCGCACUGUGGUUUAAUUGAUUUGGUUGUUCCGUCGUCUAAAACAAGCCUGAAGAGUUCUUCCUCCAUUCGACCGCCUGAAACGAACGACGAAAGACGAACGACGUCAUGCCUUCUCAGACGGCUAAUUACAAGUUCUUCAUCGGCAAUCAGAUGUCCGACUUCCCGGUGGAGGGCGUGGAGGGCAGCGACAUGGCCGCCGUCAUGGAGAACUUCCAGAAGAAGAACUCGCUGGCGUCGCGGCAGCAGGUGUGCGCCUCCGCCUCGCAGCAGCAGCAGCAGCAGUUGCUGGCCAACAGCAGCAGCAGCACGACGUCCUCCUCGCGCGUCGCCAAGACCUCCUGCACGACCUCGUCGUCGUCGUCGUCGUCGUCGUCGUCGCAGCGCGUGCACCACGUCAGCGAGAUGAAGGCCUCGUCCAUGAAGUCCGACCUGUCCGAGCUCAAGUCCAGCAUCUCGGAGAUGAAGAACCUGUCGUCGGGCUCGGCCUUCUCGGGCGCGCGGCUGCGCGGCUCCCUGGAGGAGCUGGACCGCGAGGAUACCGGCGGGGGCGGCGAGGGCGACCCGGAGCCCCUGGUCACGUUCCCCGACCCCGACACGCCGCCGCCGCUGCCCGCCGCCGCCCCACCCCCGGCGCUGCUCAACGGCGCCGCCGCCUCCGCCGAGAUGCUCAAGUUCGAGCAGAAGCGCGUCACGUCGGCGCACAAGACCAAGGUGGUGACGGAGGCGUUCAGCUCGGAGCAGGCGAGCGCCAACUCGUCGGAGGUGAAGCGAGUGCAGGCGGGCGAGCUGAGCUUCCAGGAGCAGAGCGCCGCCAAGGCCGUGCGCGCGCGCCUCGAGCUGGACGGCGUGUCUGCGGAGCGGUCGCUGGCCGUGCAGCAGGAGCAGAGGUCGCUGAAGGCGGGCGAGAUCACGCAGCAGGAGAGCCAGAACAUGGCCGCCGCCAGCAUGAAGCUGCAGACCGAGUCCUUCAGCGCAGAGAAGAAGGCGAUGGCGGCCCAGCAGCAGCGGCAGACUGUCAGCUCGAGCGGCAUCUUCAACCAGGAGAAGCACGUCGCGGCGUCCAGCCAGUCCAACUUCACCAUCACCACCAAGGGCGUGUGCACCAAGUCGUCGCUCAUCUCGGCGGCCAAGCAGAUGAGCCACGUGAUGAACGGCGCCCUCAGGUCGUCGGAGGACGAGCUGCUGGGCCACGGCUUCGAGGACCUGGAGCGGCUGUCGGCCAGCUCGAGCCCGCAGGAGGUGGAGCGCGCCAUCCAGAAGUACUCGACGUGCCUGGAGUCCAUCGUGCGCAGCCUGCGCCGCGGCGGAGACCCCCGGCUGGCCGAGGUGCCGCUGGUGCUGAGCCGCCUCAACGAGAUGAUGCGCAAGGCGUGGGCGGUGCCGACGCACGGCCACACGCUGGGCUACUCGCUGUGCAACGUGCUGCGCUCCUGCGGCGGCCUGGACCUGCUCAUGGCCAACUGCGUGGCCGGCGACCCGGAGCUGCAGUUCGCCAGCGCGCAGCUGCUGGAGCAGUGCCUCACCACGGAGAACCGCGCGCACGUGGUGGAGAACGGCCUGGAGAAGGUGGUGAACGUGGCGUGCGUGUGCACCAAGAACGCCAACUCGGCCGAGUACUCGCGCACGGGCACGGGCAUCCUGGAGCACUUGUUCAAGCACAGCGAGGGCACGUGCAGCGACGUGAUCCGCCUGGGAGGCCUGGACGCCGUGCUGUUCGAGUGCCGCAAGAACGACGUGGAGACGCUGCGCCACUGCGCCGGGGCGCUCGCCAACCUCUCGCUGUACGGCGGCACGGAGAACCAGGAGGCCAUGAUCAAGAGGAAGGUGCCCGUGUGGCUGUUCCCGCUCGCCUUCCACCACGACGACAACAUCAAGUACUACGCGUGCCUCGCCAUCGCCGUGCUGGUCGCCAACAAGGAGAUCGAGGCGGCCGUGCUCAAGUCGGGCACGCUGGACCUCGUCGAGCCCUUCGUCACGUCGCACAACCCCUUCGAGUUCGCCAAGUCGAACCUGGCGCACGCGCACGGCCAGAGCAAGCACUGGCUGCAGCGGCUGGUGCCCGUGCUCAGCUCGAAGCGCGAGGAGGCGCGGAACCUGGCCGCGUUCCACUUCUGCAUGGAGGCGGGCAUCAAGAAGCAGCAGGGCAAGACGGAGAUCUUCAGCGAGAUCGGCGCCAUCGAGCCGCUCAAGAAGGUGGCCAGCUGCCCCAACGCCGUCGCUUCCAAGUACGCGGCCCAGGCGCUCAGGCUCAUCGGCGAGGAAGUGCCUCACAAGCUGAGCCAGCAGGUGCCGCUGUGGUCUUCCGAGGACGUCCGCGAAUGGGUCAAGCAGAUUGGCUUUGGUGAGUACGCCAACAACUUCGUGGAUAGCAGGGUGGACGGCGACCUACUGCUGCAGCUGACGGAGGAGAACUUGAAAGACGACAUUGGAAUUACAAACGGCAUCCGUCGAAGAAGGUUCACUCGCGAGCUGCAGAACCUCAAGAAGAUGGCGGACUACAGCAGCCGUGAUGCGGCCAACUUGAACACGUUCCUGCAGGCCAUUGGCCCCGAGUUCUCCAUCUACACCUACUCCAUGCUCAACGCCGGAGUCGACAAGGACUCCAUGCGGGGACUGACAGAGGACCAGCUGCUCAACGAAUGUGGGAUCCUCAACAGCAUCCACAGGCUACGGAUACUCGAUUCCAUAGGAGCCAUGAAGAGUAGGCUGACCAGCUCUCUGGAGGAGAACUUGGACAAAUCACUUGAUGUCUUCAUAAGUUACCGAAGGUCGAAUGGAUCUCAGCUAGCAAGCCUGCUGAAGGUGCACCUGCAAGUGCGGAACUUCUCUGUGUUCAUCGACGUGGAGCGGCUGGAGGCGGGCAAGUUCGACAACAACCUCCUGCAGAGCAUCCGGCAGGCGAGGCACUUCCUGCUGGUGCUCACGCCCAACGCCCUGGACCGAUGCAUCGGCGACGUCGACUGCAAGGACUGGGUGCACCGGGAAAUCGUGGCAGCUCUACAGUCGCAGUGCAACAUCAUCCCCAUAAUCGACAACUUCCAGUGGCCAGAGCCCGAGGAACUGCCAGAGGACAUGAGAGCCGUCUGCCACUUCAACGGCGUGAGGUGGAUCCACGACUACCAGGACGCGUGUGUGGACAAGCUGGAGAGGUUCAUGCGCGGCGAGAUGAACACGCGCGCCGACGGGCCGCUCGGCCGGAUCAUGACCAAGGGCGACGCCACGCCCGGGACGCCGUCGGGCAACGCCGGCAGCGUGGGGCGCCAGCCGCCCAGCUACCAGCGCAUGCACAGCAGCGAGAGCGGCAAGGGCAGCGACAAGGACGUGAACGGCAACUCGGGCGGAGGGCGGGACUGACUAGAUGGCCCCGCCUCCUCGGCCAAACACGCUAGGCUCCGACACUCGCAGAGUCCGUCCCGGCCCUGGCCGAGAGGCGCCGGCCGCCCCCCCGCCGCCCCAGCCGCCCCCGCCGGCCGGCGGCCCCCGGGCCUCG